CCCCAUGACAACAGGAAGAGGAUGAUGAUGAUGUUGGUGGGGAUGUUUUGUGAAAAUAAUUCCAUCUUUAGAGAUAUUUUCUAUGCCAAACCGUUAUAUGAUCCUGCUCCGCUUGGUUAUCUGUGGAACACAUAGAGACUGAUUUGGAAUAUCUGCGCGUGUUGUAAACAGCGAGCGUCUUCAUCUGGACCGCUGGACGACCUGAGAGUCAUCAAGGAUUGCGACACCACAUUGCAUUGGGUUUAAGCCAAUAAAGAUGUCCAAAAUCGAGCGUCUGAAUGCCCGGGUGGAGAAGCUGCUGUCUAAGGCUGUGCAGGAGGUUCUGGAGGUGGUGAAAGAGACCGUAUCCGAGUACCAGGAGAAAACCACGAGAACCCAGAGAGAGAACCAAAGUCUGAAGAGGAGGCUGCAGGAGCUGCAGGAGCAGAUACAUCUGGAAAGCAAUGGAGUUGUGGCACGAACGUCGAUUGCAUCGCAGCAGGAUGACGCUGAGCUCCGUCUGAUAGAGAAGAAACCGAAAGCAGAGGAUGACUUCGCGGCGGUCUGCGAAGACCUGGAAGCAUCCAUCUCAUCGUCAGCCACCACCCGCCUCUCCCCCACCACCCGACCACAUGUAGGAGGCGACGCACUGUCCAAUCCCCACCACGUGGGCUCUAUCACCAUGGUUACGAUGUCCGAAGACGACCACAAAAUGAAAGCAGAGCCUCUUUUGGACGAAGGAGCCGCGCGCACCACCAAUUGCCUCUAUGACGCGCCGGACGCGGCAUCCUGCCAGGGACCAAACCUAGAACCUCCCCACGCGCACCCGGGUCUCUACGGGGGGCAACGAUACAACGACACGGAAAAACAACAACAACAACAACAACACACAAAAACGGGCGGCCCGCGCUCGAGAGCGUUCCAGGGGACCGAGAGGAAACCUUACAGCUGCGCGCUGUGCGGGCGCACCUUCAGACACGCGGGCGACUACAAGAAGCACAGCAGGGUGCACACCGGGGAGAAGCCGUACUGCUGCUCGGUGUGCGGGAAGCGCUUCAGUCAGUCGGGCUACCUGACGGUGCAUCUGCGCUACCACACCGGGGAGAAGCCCUUCGGCUGCGGGCAUUGCGGCAAAAGUUUCAGUCACUCGAGCAACAUGAAGAAGCACCAGCAGACUCACCUGUGGAUGUCUAAACUUGACCGUUUGAAUGCCCGAGUGGCCAAGCUACUGACUGAAGCGGUGCAUGAGGUGCUCGGGGUGGUGAAGGAGACCGUGUCAGAGUACCAGGAGAAAACGGCCAGAACACAAAGAGAGAACGAGAGUCUAAAGAGAAAGCUGCAGGAGCUCCAGGACCAGCUAACACGAUCGAGCACAGCUGUUCCACGUACAAGUAGUUCGUCACCUCAAGAAAGACGAGACGCGCCGAGUCAGGAGCAGGUUUUGAUGCUCGCUUUGAGGCAGGACCUGCACCUCCCUCUCGCUGAGCAAAAGCAAAUAAUCAACCACAAACCUGUCAAGGAUGUGAAGAAGGAAUUGAAACCACAGGAGACCCACAAUAACACCGAGCCACAAGCUGAGUGCAACUCGGCACAAACUACAGAACAUUGGGUAGAACCAAAACAGGUGGUGACACACAUGAUUACGGAUGCAAUGACAGACCACACGUCAACCAGUGCAAACAGCGGAAUCAGUGCCGUCACACCCGAUGAUGCGUGCGCCUCUCAGUGUAGCCCCUCACUGGGGCUGAACCCGGGGAUUAUCAAAAGAGAGUGCGAACUGACCGACUGCACAGCAUCGGAGCCCCCGCCUCUUCAACGGCAAUUCAGUGGGUGUGUGGAUUUAAGCUGCAACUCUUCCCGUCAGAGCUCUGCCGGGACGCACAGGUCACACGUCGGCCCCGCGCCGCCGCACGGACGCUUGAUCGCGCACGCCAAACAAGCCACACCGAGGAGGCACGGCUUUGCAAAAAGCAACAGGGGCGCGUUCGACGGGAGAAGAUUCCGGGUGGAGCACUUCGGGGGAGAUGACACCCACUCGUGCGUCGUGUGUGGAAAGACGUUCAGCAGGGUGGGGAACUUGAGAAUCCACCAGCGGUGUCAUACAGGGGAGAAGCCGUACGGCUGCAUUCUGUGUGGGAGACGCUUCAGUCAGGCGGGAGACCUGAAAAAACACAAGAGGGUCCACACAGGGGAGAAACCGUACUACUGCAACCAGUGUGGAAAGAGCUUCAGUCGGGGGGAGAAUCUGAAAAGACAUCAGAAGAUUCACAUCGGAGAGGUUUUACAGUUGCAAUGAAUGUUACGCCAGACUCUAAAUUUUUUAGACCCUGUGAAGGAAGGGACUUUGCACUUAGUUUAAGAAAUAGUUGCAGUGAUAACAAAUAUUGAAACUAUUUUGGAAUCGUGGUUUGUGACAAGGAGUCUCCUGCUGUCCUGGUGUGCAGCCAGCUGUGCGCUUGUUACGCCUUUAACUCCUUUUGUGCUUCUAAUUGUGAAGGAACAGGGCAGUAGAUGGUAAUCAUUUAACCACAGAGGCUAGAGCUUUACAGAGCGAGGAAUGCACUGAUACUAUCAGUAUAUCGAUUUUACAAUCGACAUACUGACAUUUUUUGUUGUUUGUGGAAUUUCACAUCAUGAUGUUUUAAACAAAUCUGCUUAAAGGUCCUCCACUACCAUUCA